AGUAGCUCUUGUUUGCCCUUCUCUGGAAUGGAUAUUUCUUCUCAUCAAUCUCGCCUCCUACAGCAACUGAAUGAGCAGCGCAGGCAAGACUUAUUCUGUGACUGCAGUAUCCUGGUUGAGGGGAAGGUCUUCAAAGCACAUCGAAAUGUGCUGUUUGCCAGUAGUGGUUAUUUUAAAAUGCUCCUUUCUCAGAGCUCAAAAGACAUGAGUCAGCCAACAACUGCUACCUUUCACAUGUUCUCUCCUGAUACUUUUAUGGUCAUUCUGGACUUUGUGUAUUCAGGCAAGUUAUCUCUUACUGGUCAAAAUGUGAUUGAGGUAAUGUCAGCUGCCAGCUACCUGCAGAUGACAGAUAUCAUUAGUGUUUGUAAGACUUUCAUUAAAUCUUCACUGGACAUCAGUGAGAAGGAGAAGGAUCGCUAUUUCAGUCUUUCAGAAAAAGAUCUGAACAGUAAUGGAACUGAGAGUCCAUGCUUAUAUAGCACAGAAUGGAGAGUAGAAAGCAGUCCCCCACAUUCUCAAAUUGACUCUGAUGUAGGGGUAUCUAUGGUGGGUGGAAAUUCCUGGAGUAAUUGCACCUACUACUCAGCUUCACAAAGGAACACCCAACAAUCUCACUUGACCAAACACACUCAAAGACGGCAUUCCUUUAAAAAACGUAUCAGGCAUCUUGGAUUGCCACAUUCCACUGACGUCCCCCAUUGUAAAUCAAGGAAACUUGGAGAUAGAGCUUCAGAGCCUACUAGCCACGUUUCUCAAUCUGAAGAGAAAACUCAGCUUGAUACAGAAGUUGACUUUGCCCAUGCUGGGUAUCAACAUGGUCUGAGAUCAGAGGUGUUGCCAAGGAGUUUGCUAGAGACCCAGCAGGAGCAUGAAUCAUCUAGAUCAGCCAACAAGUCUAAAUCAUCAAAAGCAGAUGAGCUGUAUGCAAAUAUGCCCACAAUUUUAGGUGUUAUGGGGAGUUGGAUUGAAGAUGAUGUGAGGUUCAAGUGCCCAUUUUGUACCCAUAUGGUGAAGCGGAAAGCAGACCUAAAGCGUCACCUUCGUUGCCAUACAGGGGAGCGACCCUAUCCAUGUGAGGCAUGUGGGAAAAGAUUCACCAGGCUAGAGCAUCUGCGUAGCCAUUUUCGAACAAUUCAUCAGGCUUGUAAGCCAAUAUGCAGAAAGUGUAAGCGCCACGUGACUGACAUGACAGGGCAAGUGGUGCAAGAAGGAACAAGGCGCUACAGACUGUGUAAUGAAUGUCUGGUUGAAGCUGGUAUAGAAAGCAUUCCUAUUGACUUGGAGGCUGAACAAUCACUUGGGUUUUCACCAGAAGAAGAGGACAAAGAUUCUAGGUGGCACUUUGGUGAAGAACACAGAACUAAAGAAGUUGUGGAGGAUGACUCUGCUGGCUUAGUCAUCCAGGAAGUUGAUGAUAGUGAAGAUGAGGCUGAGAAAAAGGAAGUAAAGCCAAAUAUUAAUUAGUUAAUUAAUUGAGAACUACUAAAUCUCACCAUUACAUUAACUUCUUGUGUCUUGCCCAAAUUCCCUGACUCUGGUUAACAAGCAAAGUUCUGUCAUUAUGACUGUGAUACGGUCUUAUUUGCAUGCUUUGUAUUCAUCAAGACACCAAGAUCUGUGACAUUGGAAAGAAUCCCAAGACAGAAUGAUGAACAGUUCACCUUUGAACUACUAGAGGGAUGAAUAACUUUUUUAUUAAAAUAUUCCUUAAAGAAUUUUAAAUGAAGGAAAAAACAUUAAAUUCUCACCAAUACUUGCUCUUUCUUUAAGAAACAUUACACCAUUUUAAAAAGCAAUCAUUUUUGCACAAGUUCUAAGUGUAGUUACUCUUGUUCAUAUUUUUUCAUUGGAUGCAUUUUUCAUCCAGCAAAAUAGAAUGAGAAUUAAAAUAUUCUGCCACCGUGAAGCAGAAAGGGAAUUGUCACUCAAACUACUCUGUAGCCAAGGGCUCCAUUAAAGUAUUCUUAUGUUUUGUAUUUUGAAAGAAUCUCAGUAUAAGCAUAUGGUAUAUUUAUUUUCUUAUUUUGGAAAAAUCUGUUACAACUCAUUCAUCAAAUUUAUCUUUCAAAUAAAUGAAUGUAUGUUAAUCUUC